UAUUCUUCGUCGUCGAACAAAAACGCGGAAACAAAAGAAAUAAUCAGUUUGUCAAAACAAAUAACACCGAGUCGGCAGAAAGUAAGCGCAGUUGUGGCUGACAGCUGUCAAAGUUAACACCGUAGCUUCUCCUAACCUAUCUGAAAGACCUGCCAUGGCGUUGAAAAGAAUACAGAAGGAGUUAAAUGACUUACAGAGGGACCCUCCAGCUUCAUGUUCAGCUGGACCUGUAGGGGAGGACUUGUUCCACUGGCAAGCUACCAUCACGGGACCGAACGACAGCCCUUAUCAUGGAGGAGUAUUUUUCCUUUCUGUCCAUUUUCCCACUGACUAUCCCUUUAAACCACCAAAGGUUGCCUUUACAACGAAAAUCUAUCACCCAAACAUAAACAGCAAUGGUAGCAUCUGCCUUGACAUCUUGAGGUCACAGUGGUCACCUGCUCUUACAGUAUCAAAAGUUUUAUUAUCCAUAUGCUCGUUGCUAUGUGACCCAAAUCCAGAUGACCCGCUAGUCCCAGACAUUGCACACAUCUACAAAUCAGACAGACAAAAGUACAACAAACUAGCCAGAGAAUGGACUCAGAGGUAUGCAAUGUGAACGACAGAAGGUUCAGAAACAAUGAUGCAUCCCUGAACACCUCAAAAUAUGACAGUACUGUUUCAACUGCUCAUCCACACUGGUUCUAGUUGAGGUGUUUUAUUCGCUUGAGGCACUUUCUCUACUCGGACUUUACUUGACUUACCUGUUUUUACUGUUUUAUUUUAUUUUCCCCUUAAAUUGGCAUUAUUAUUAUUAUUUUUAUUAUCAUUAUUAGUUGUGGUGAGAUGGCCUGAUUGUAUUUUUCUUUUAAUAGAUUGUACAAGACUAUACUGAAUUUAUUUUUCAUCAUUUUGCAUUAAAAACAUUAAUCAGAAAGUGAAUUGUAAAUUGUUUCUUGCCAUGCACACGAGUAAACUGAAAUUCUGAACUAUCUUGCUAUGAAAUGUUUGCCUUUGUAUGCAGUACAUUCUUGUAUCCAACAAAUCAUUUGCCCCUUAUUCUAUUAUUCACAUGGCCACUAGGUGGUAGCCUUUACUUUUCACCUCCCAAGCCUUUUAAAUGAGGCAGUUUCUCCCUUGGACAACUUAAUAUUCAUGUUUGUGUUAUUAAUCCAUUUUGGUGAAUGGUUAUUAAUGUUGAUAUUGGCUAUUAUUAAAUGUAAAUGAGAAGGGAUGUUCUGUUCAUUGAAAUUAGACCACCCAUUAUCAUCACCUCUGCUGGUUGCAGAACAGGUGCUGUACACUGGUGAAGCUAGUGUACACAUUAAUUGAGCAGCUCACUGAUAUUUAAUCUCCACUGUGCUAUGUUGAUGUGAUUUAACCAGACUAGUGGGUUUAGCGAGGACUAUACCCUCAGAUUCUCAACUCUUGUGACCUGCCAGAACAUUCCUAAAAAUUGAAAUGAACCAUUUUAAAUAAUUUGCCCAACUGAAUGCAGUGAAUGUUAUUGUCAAGAUUAAAAACAAUUUGUCAGGUACACUGAAUCUCCAUCUUUAAUCCUAGAUUAUGGAAGUUUUUACUCUAAAUGAGCAAAAGAGAAAUCUGUUGUACUGCAGGACUGUGCUUAUUUUGCUUUGUGAUUAAAGCUCCAGCGGUCAGAA